UUUCUUUUCUUCUUUUCCGCCCAUGUUAAACUUGUUCGUUUAGCAUUCCUUUCGCCCUUUAAUUUUCUUCUCUAGUUAGCGUCUUCUUCAACAAGAACCCGAACUUCCCCGAGUUAACGCACCAUUCACUCCCUACAUCGGCACUCCACAGCCGACGAUCGUGAAUAAUUUAUUCAAAUUUGACCGAUUCGUGGCGCUAGUCCAUUAACCGCACUCACCUUACACUUCCCUUAACGAACGACUAGUCUAUCCCUCACUGUCCGCCGAUACAACCUCCGUUCCACAGUCGCAAAACGACCACCUCAAAAAUGUCGAAUCCUACUUCUGUGAAGGAGGCAGUCAAGGAGAGCCUUCUCGGCUCUGAGGAAUCCGCCAGCCUUUCCGCAACACAUCGUGCUUCGUUCUUGAACAAUGCGAAGAAGGAUGAGGAGAGUGGUGAGCUGUACAUGGGCCCGGAUGAGUUCAUUGAGGCUAUUGCGCCGCCAAAUGAAGAUUAUCAUAAGAUUAGCCGCGAUCAGUAUAGCCUUCUUUUCAGCGUAGCCGAUCGUCGAGGUACUGGCAAGGUGACAAUUGGCGAUUGGGCCGCCUUUGAGAACAUCUUGAUGAAACCCGACGCCGAAUACGAGAUCGCAUUCCGUCUAUUCGACGUAAGCCGCACAGGAGAUGUCAAAUAUGAGGACUUUAGGCGCAUGUAUGAAAACAACAAAGGACCCGAGAAUAUCCCUUUUGAUUGGGACUGUGAAUGGGCAAAACUCUACAUUGGAGACAAAUCUAAACGUCACACCCUCUCAUACCCUGAGUUCUCGCAGAUGCUCCGUGGUCUACAGGGUGAAAGAAUUCGACAAGCUUUUCAGCGCUUUGACAAGGACAAAGAUGGAUACAUUGAGCCCGACGACUUCGCUAGGAUCAUUCGAGAAACGGCAAAGCACAAGCUCUCAGACCACCUUCUAGAAAAUCUUACGUCUCUCUGCAAUAUAUCCAACGCUAGUAAGAUUUCAUACGCCAAUGUCCGAGCUUUCCAGAAUAUGGUCACGGAGAUGGAUUUGGUUGAGCUCAUCAUCCGACAAGCAUGCAAGAAGAGUGCCGACGGAAAGAUCACGAGAGCAGAGUUCUUGAAUGAAGCAGCCAAAGUCACUAGAUUCUCUCUGUUCACACCAAUGGAGGCAGAUAUUUUGUUCCACUUUGCCAGCUUGGAUGAGCCCACCGGCCGCUUGAGCCUGACGGAUUUUGCCAAGGUUGUGGACCCUUCCUGGCGAUAUCGUAACCUCUCGGAAUCUCAGCAGCUUGAAGCCCUUCAUAAGGCCAAGUCGAAGACGCAAACUGUGCUGCUACAAGUUGCGGAAUCGGCAUUUAACUUUUUACUCGGAAGUGGAGCUGGUGCCUUUGGUGCCUUCAUGGUGUAUCCUAUCGACUUGGUGAAGACACGGAUGCAGAAUCAGCGAGGUGCUGACCCGGGCCAGAGACUCUAUAAGAACUCUGUUGAUUGUUUCAGAAAGGUCAUCGCCAACGAGGGUUUCCGUGGCUUGUACUCUGGUGUUUUGCCCCAACUUGUUGGUGUUGCCCCUGAGAAGGCCAUCAAACUGACCGUGAACGAUCUUGUUCGCGGCUUUUUCACGGACAAGCAGUCAAACCAAAUCCAGUUAAGACAUGAGAUCUUAGCUGGUGGUUCGGCUGGUGCUUGUCAGGUCGUUUUCACCAACCCUCUUGAGAUUGUCAAGAUUCGACUACAGGUCCAGGGAGAAGUUGCGAAAGCUACGGAAGGCGCCCAAAAGCGCUCUGCUAUGUGGAUUGUUAAGAACUUAGGCCUAGCAGGACUUUACAAGGGUGCCUCUGCUUGCCUACUUCGAGACGUACCGUUUUCCGCAAUUUACUUCCCGACCUAUAGCCAUCUAAAGAAGGAUCUCUUUGGAGAAUCCCCGACGAAGAAGCUCGGAAUCGUCCAAUUGCUCACAGCCGGUGCCAUCGCUGGUAUGCCCGCAGCAUAUCUUACUACGCCAUGUGAUGUGAUCAAGACACGCUUGCAGGUUGAAGCACGUAAGGGUGACACAAGCUACACCGGUCUGCGACAUGCGGCAAAGACGAUUCUCAAGGAAGAGGGAUUCCAGGCCUUUUUCAAGGGCGGCCCGGCUCGUAUCCUUCGAUCUUCGCCUCAAUUUGGUUUCACACUAGCGGCAUAUGAAGUUCUCCAGAGUGUAUUACCAUUCCCUGGUAAAUCCAAACCCGAGAAAGUACAUACUGGCGUUGCAGAAGUACUGGAAACAAUCAGGGAGAAGGACGUCGCUUCGCCGCAUGCCCGAAGCCGCAAUGCGUUGAAAGUAAUACUCGAUCUUGAUGAAGACUUCGGGCGUAUCAAACUUCCGAACCAACAAGCUUGGAAGGCGGUACCGAAAUUCCUUGGUGGUGGUGGUGCACAAUCUUGAGUAUAGUAGAGUUUAUGCUCUACGAUUCUCAUCAUUUGGCGUCUCUAUAUUUGUGAGAGACACUUGCAUAUGAAUGGCGUUUACGCGAGCCCACGGCAUGGGAAAGAAAUCUUUUUUUUUGCUUUGCGUUCUUGAGGUGUUAUGUUUUGUAACAGAAGGAUCGCUGAGAUAGGAAGGAGAAAAAGAGUCAAUCAAUCAACAAUCAUAAAGCCAGAUUUGGCAUCUUGUGUAAACUAGGUAGCUAAGAUCAUCAGACGGACGAGGAAGAUAAGUAAAGGUACAAUGUACAGAUGAUUAUCUCCAGAGAUAUUCAUCUGUAGCAAAAGGGGAACAGUGUAAAACAACGAUAGGUAGAACCCACAGGUUUCAGAGAUCGUCCAUACCCCGAUAGACCGUCAAUUAUACGAGUCUUUUGUUUUCAGCAGGAUUUCCCGACUGUCUAGG